AUGGGCAGACGUGCGGCCGACUUGACCACCCCCGUUUCGGUGCUGGGCGUCCCGGCUCUGGUCGGUGUGCGCGGCUGGAAGAGCACGGGGGGUGACAGGAGUGACAUUCAGUAUAGUGUGGGUGUUCAAACAUCUCCAGGCUUUCACAGAGGACCGACCACACACUGUGCAAAGUUACCAGACUCUCGUUUCUCCGUGUCUUCAGAGACAUCCAACGGCUAUUUCAGCGUUGAAUCGGACUACAAGGAGACAUCAUCACUGCUGACAAAAAGUGACAAGGAUAUAAGGGCUAUUCUAAAGCAGAAAAGUGAGUCACUGCCGCUCCAGCAGGGAUCUGAAGAGGGGGGUCUGGGGUGCGGGCAGUCGCCGGGUUCCCCCCACAGCGGUAGAUCAGAGGCCCUGCAGCAGAGACUGGAGAGUGUGGAGGCCAGCCUGGCAGCCAACACAGACCGGAUUACCACUCUGCUCAACAUCAUCCAUGACCUGGAGACGAGCAACGCGCCCACCUCCGGCCAAGCCAGCAACAAAACUGGACAGGAUCUGAACAAUUGCAAGAUCUGCCAGAAAACGGCAUGCAUUGUGUACAGUGUGGAGUAUGACUUCAGGCAACAGGAAAGACGCUUCAUGGAGGUUCUGAAUCAUGCAGCGACCGGAAAGAAUGCCUUCUCCACGCAUUCGCCUCAGACUGUCAACUUCAGUCUCCUCAGAAACGGCAUCAUUAAGAACCUGAGUGUAUCAAAGGUGAAACGCAAAAAGCUGUGCAAAACACUUUUCAAAUGGCUGCCCAGGAAAAAGCAAGUCUGA